CGAAAAGGGAUUCGACCCAUGGUAGGAGUGUGUUGAGUUGCCAAGGAGAGUCGAAGCCUGAUUUUUGGUGCACAACUCGACAAAUUCAAAUUCUAUAGCCUUUGGUUAUCGUCCACAUGGGAAGAAAAGGUCUUGGGGUGUGCUGAGGCCACCGGUGAGCGAGAUGACCCUCGCAUUGAUUCCAUGGGCCCUCAAGAUGGUUCACUUUGCAACAAUGUAAAGUUUCUAGAUGUGAAUGGGUGGUCUUUUGCUGAAGACCCGUCAUGGGCAAUUACAAUAGCAAGAACUUCCAACUUUUCAUUUCCAUCUCCAAUAUCUCAACCUCCUUCGCAUUAAUAUGCAAACAAUCGAAUCAAACGCCGCUUCAUCAGAAGGCAGUUCUCACAAUGCACUUCAUUCGACUAUUUGUCGCUUUCCCACGGAAAUCCUCUGUCAAAUCUUUCUGUACUGCAUGCCAGAAGACGAAGAAUGGAAAUUGACGCCUGAACCAGAUCCGAGUCUGGCCCCCAUGCUGUUGACCACAAUAUGUCGACGAUGGCGGGACGUUGUUGUGGACAUGCCGAGUCUAUGGCGCAAGCUGCGAAUGGAAGUCGACGGUGACUGGCAGAAGAGAGCUUUCUGCUAUGAAUCCUACCUCAAGCAAUCACAAGGACGUCAGUCAUUGACACUCGAGAUUCAUGACGCAGACUGGAUGGUGCCACGAAGCCUGCUACAGCCAUACGUCGACCAAAUAUCGAAUCUGUCUAUCGAGUUAUUCCGCGGUGCUGAUUCCUGUCCAGUGGUGGCAGCGGACUUCGGCGGGCUUCAGGAGCUGAGCAUCUACAAUUGUGGUACUGCAGGAGCCAUCGCGCAUUCUGUCGCACAAUUGCCUCCCAACACGCACAGUCUGAAGUUAACGAAUGUGUGGCUUACCAAGUCGGAGGUAUCUAGCUUCGAUCCUCUUGCAUGGGCCAGUCUCACAAGUCUUGAGAUCAUGGUAGGGGGAUUAAACUUGAUCCCCUGCUUGCUCCGUCUAUGUCCCAAUCUCUCGUCCUUGACGAUGAUGGGAACAUUCACGGGUGAGAUCGAGACCUCAGAAACAUUGGAGCACACCAAACUUCAAUCUUUGCGCCUAUACAGUGCCUCGCAUUUCAAUACGCACGAGAACCCGAGCAGAAUUUUCGAGCUAUUCGAUGCCGUGACGCUCCCCAAUCUACGGGAGGUCGAGGUUUGCAAUAUAGGACGAUGGCCUCACGAAGAGUUCAAGGAGCUUUUGGAACGGUCGCAGUGUCCCCUAGAGCGCCUGAACUUUGGUAGUUUUGUGAUAAGAAAGAAAGAAGAGCUAGCAGAAUACGUCACCCUUCUUCCUUCACUCAAAAUAUCGAUGUAUCCUCAUUAUUAACAGACCAAACUCCCCAAUUUGGUUUCAAAUAGUACAUAGCAGUAUAGUAGCUGAUGCAUAGCGGACUUACGAUACUAGUUAGAAACGACAGGGGGUUGUAUAUAAUAGUGCUCGAUUUUGUGACAUUACGUCAUCCAAUCCAGUACAAUUUCAACAUU